CUGACUCUCCCAGCUGCUGUAACUGCUGCUGCGGGAGAAAUUGGAGCUGCUGUUGUCGGCGCGCCCGCCCUCCCCCACAGAGAGCCACCGCCUCUUCUCUCGCUCUCCUUGUACACCUAUCGCCCGGAGCGGCGGCUGCAACAGUUCCUGGACCCACCGCCGCCUCCUCAGGCUGCCGCUCGGCCGGUCAUUCCCACAGCCCGGCAGCUGACGGCGGCCCCCCUGCCCCUCACCGGCUCCUCACUCUAGAUCGUCUCCCCCGUCCCUCUCCUCGCCUGGGACCCACCUCCCCACGGUCUCGCCGGGGUGGAAGACGACGAGGAGGAGACGAAAGUCACCCUCUCUCCAGGCGGCGCCGGCCCCCUCACCCGCGGGUGUGUCCUAUAAAUGGCGUCGGAAAGCGACACCGAGGAAUUCUUUGAUGCCCCUGAAGAUGUGCACCUAGGGGGCGGCUACCCUGUAGGGUCUCCAGGAAAGGUUGGGAUUUCAACAUUAAAGGAAACUGAGAAUACUGCACACAAAGUUGGAAAUGAGUCUCCUGUACAAGAAUUGAAACAAGAUGUGUCUAAAAAGAUUAUUGAAAGCAUUAUUGAGGAGAGUCAGAAAGUACUACAGCUGGAAGAUGACUCGUCGGAUUCCAAAGGAAAGGGACACUCUGACCAGGCUACUGGCAGUUCUCUUGUAGCUGGAACAGAUCUUAGCAAUAUACCUGGACUGUUAGCCAUAGAUCAGGUACUACAGGAAGAUUCCAAAAAGGCAGAGAGUCAGAAUGCAAUUGAAGAAACUGAAUUAGAAUCUAAAAGAUGUUUUCCUUCUGAUGACACCUAUGAGAAGUCAGUAGAUGAAAUCACUAAGUUAACUGAAAUAAGUUCAACUGAGCAGCAUAAUGUGCCUGAAACUGAAACAGAAGUAUUGAACAAAGAAGCCAUGGAAGUCAAAGGAAGUGAUGUUCUAGAACCUGUGUCCUCAAACUCUUUAUCUACUAAAGAUUUUGCUGCCAUGGAAGAAGUGGCUCCCGCUAAACCCCCAAGACAGCUUACUCCAGAACCUGACAUUGUGGCUAGUACAAAGAAGCCUGUUCCAGCACGCCCUCCCCCUCCAACUAAUUUCCCACCUCCUAGGCCCCCGCCUCCAUCUCGACCUGCUCCACCACCAAGAAAAAAGAAAAGUGAAUUGGAGUUUGAGGCCCUUAAAACGCCUGAUCCAGACGUUCCCAAAGAGAAUAUUACAUCUGAUACUCUCCUAAGUACGAACAUGGCUUCAGAGAAUACAGUCAAGGAUUCUCAGCCUUCUCUUGACUUGGCAAGUGCUACCAGUGGAGAUAAAGUAGUUACUGCCCAGGAAAAUGGAAAAGCACCUGAUGGGCAGACCAUAGCAGGUGAAGUGAUGGGCCCUCAGAGACCUAGAUCCAACUCUGGGAGAGAGCUUACUGAUGAGGAAAUUUUAGCCAGUGUCAUGAUUAAGAACCUGGAUACUGGAGAAGAAAUACCUUUGAGUCUUGCGGAAGAGAAACUGCCAACAGGUAUUAAUCCUCUCACUCUACACAUCAUGAGAAGGACUAAGGAAUAUGUAAGUAAUGACGCGGCACAGUCAGAUGAUGAAGAGAAGUUACAGUCUCAGACAACAGAUACUGAUGGUGGAAGGUUAAAACAGAAAACGACUCAACUAAAGAAGUUCUUAGGAAAAUCAGUAAAGAGAGCAAAGCACCUUGCAGAAGAAUAUGGUGAACGUGCUGUGAAUAAAGUUAAAAGUGUUAGAGAUGAAGUGUUUCAUACUGAUCAAGAUGAUCCUUCAUCAAGUGAUGAUGAAGGAAUGCCAUAUACAAGACCAGUCAAAUUCAAAGCAGCGCAUGGUUUCAAAGGACCUUAUGAUUUUGAUCAGAUAAAAGUGGUGCAAGAUCUUAGUGGUGAGCAUAUGGGAGCUGUUUGGACCAUGAAAUUUUCUCACUGUGGCCGAUUACUUGCCUCAGCUGGACAAGACAAUGUAGUGAGAAUAUGGGCUUUAAAAAAUGCUUUUGACUAUUUCAACAAUAUGCGAAUGAAAUACAAUACCGAAGGACGUGUGUCCCCGUCACCUUCUCAGGAAAGUCUGAAUUCAUCAAAGUCUGAUACAGAUACAGGGGUAUGCAGUGGAGCUGAUGAAGACCCUGAUGAUAAAAAUGCACCAUUUCGGCAGCGGCCAUUUUGCAAAUAUAAAGGACACACCGCUGAUCUCCUUGAUCUUUCAUGGUCUAAAAACUACUUCCUGCUUUCUUCUUCGAUGGAUAAAACGGUCAGGUUAUGGCACAUUUCCAGAAGAGAAUGCCUUUGCUGUUUUCAACAUAUAGAUUUUGUCACUGCCAUAGCUUUCCAUCCAAGAGAUGACAGGUAUUUUCUAAGUGGGUCAUUGGAUGGAAAGCUCCGUCUUUGGAACAUACCUGACAAAAAAGUCGCUUUGUGGAAUGAAGUAGAUGGUCAAACAAAAUUGAUCACAGCUGCAAAUUUCUGUCAGAAUGGCAAAUACGCCGUGAUUGGGACAUAUGAUGGCAGAUGUAUUUUCUAUGAUACAGAGCAUUUGAAAUACCACACACAAAUACAUGUCCGAUCUACCAGAGGACGCAACAAAGUUGGAAGAAAAAUUACUGGCAUUGAACCUUUACCCGGAGAAAAUAAGAUACUGGUAACCUCAAAUGACUCCAGAAUCAGACUGUAUGAUCUUAGAGAUUUGUCACUGUCCAUGAAGUAUAAGGGUUAUGUCAACAGUAGCAGCCAGAUCAAAGCAAGUUUCAGCCAUGAUUUUAGUUACCUUGUUAGUGGCUCAGAAGAUAAGUAUGUUUAUAUCUGGAGUACUUAUCAUGACCUCAGCAAGUUUACUUCAGUCAGGAGAGAUCGUAAUGAUUUUUGGGAAGGUAUUAAAGCACAUAAUGCAGUUGUUACAUCAGCCAUCUUUGCUCCAAACCCAAGUUUGAUGUUGUCUUUGGAUGUACAAUCUGAAAAAUCAGAAGGGAAUGAAAAAGGUGAAGAUGCUGAAGUUUUGGAUACCAUGCCCUCUGGUAUUAUGAAGACAGAUAAUACAGAAGUUCUUCUUUCUGCUGACUUCACUGGAGCAAUCAAAGUGUUUAUUAACAAAAGGAAAAAUGUAUCUUAAUUUGAAAUGACAUUUAAAAUAAAAAUAUCAGUAAGUUUCUAUAUGUAUUAGAACUGAAAAAAGUAUAUUAUAGUGUUUCAGGCUAACAUCCUUUUUUUUUUUUAAUUUUUACUGGAAGUUGUUCAAAUAUAAUAUAUUUUUUGAGCGGCAGUGUUAAUGAUCUAUAAACCCUGGACUGAUAGACAGAAAUGUGGCUAGAAUAACAUUGCCAAACAUUAGGCUUUAUGUUUUGUUAUAUUUGUGUUUUUGUUAUAUAAUUGUGAACAUGCACAGGUUUCUGCAUGAAAAUAUAUUAAUAUAUUAAUCACAUGUGUGUGCCUUUUGGUUACAUGCACUAAAUCUAACAGAGUUAAAUUAUUUCAGUGGCCCUUUUGGCCUCAUACAGGGAGGGGUGAGUCUUGUUUCUAGCUUAAAUGAUUUCUUUUGCACAAAACUUCAUUUUUCAGAAAAGUGGUAUUGACUGAGUUACUGUUUUAAAAAUGUUAUACAGGUUUUCAAUAGGUCAACAACCAUGUGUAAAUGGUUUUUAUAAAUUUCUCAAUUUGGGGACAAGAUUUUUUUUUUUGGUCUAAAUUGUGGACUUAAGAUUCUUUUCUUUGUAUGUAUAUAUAAUCUUUUUUUCUUUUUUUUCUCCCUUUUUUUUUUUUUUUUUCUUUUUUUUUUUUUUUUUUUUUUGCCACACUGGAGCACAAUGUUUCUAUGUAAAGAAUUCUUUUCAUUCUUUAUCCAUGAGCACCAGGCUUUGCUCACUUAAAAAAAUUAAGCCACAUUAAGGAGUGAGUCUUCUUUUUUACAAUAAUGUAAAAAUGAACUGUUUACAUUUUUUUAAAGCAUUGUAGUUUUAAAAAUUAAGCUGUUUUGUUUUGUGUUGUUGAAUUUGAAAGCCUUUGUAAAUAUUGAUAUAAUGUACCAAUGAAAUAACAUCGGGGGCAAUGGAACCCUGAUCAUGUUGUUGAUGGUUAGCAUAUGUUUCUGAAAAUUGAAUAUGUAUUAUUAAAAGUUGGUCGCCAAACA